AGAAUAUUAAGGGAGAAAGCAUGAAAUCUGAGACUUGUAUUGUCCUCUCAACAUCUAAUAAUAUUCAUCAACAAAAUGUGAUCUAAUCUAGGGUUUUGUUUCUUCAGAAACCCUAAUUCAUUCACCAAAUCAAUUAGGGUUUUACAUUAAUCCACACAAUUCACCCCAAAUUCUACACAUUCACCGGUUCAUGCAAACCAAUACCUUCUGUUUUCAUCAUUUUCUCAACGUUUUGCAACAAUUAGGGUUUGAUUUUGGGGAUGAAUGGUAGCGAUGGCUCGAGAUGUGUUAGCGGUGGCGCCGGAGACGGCGGCGGCGGCGGUGGACGACGGCGUUGGGAUGCUGGUGAAGAAGAAAGGAACGGCGAGUGCGAGGAGUUGGAUUCUGAUCGACGCUAACGUGAACGAGACGGUUAUGGAUAUUGAUAAGUAUGCUAUCAUGCACCGUGUUCAGAUUCAUGCUCGUGAUUUGAGGAUUCUCGAUCCGUUGUUGUCUUAUCCUUCUACGAUUUUGGGACGUGAACGAGCAAUUGUUCUUAAUCUGGAACAUAUUAAGGCUAUUAUCACUGCUGAAGAGGUGUUGCUUCGAGAUCCGUCAGAUGAUAAUGUAAUACCAGUUGUUGAGGAACUACGCAGGAGAUUGCCUGUUGUAAACGCCAAUCAUGCAGAAUUCGGUGGUCAGCAUGAUGUUGAAACUGGUGAAGAAGACGAAUCUCCAUUUGAAUUCCGAGCACUCGAGGUUUUCCUAGAGGCCAUUUGCAGCUUUCAUGCUGCUCGUACCACAGAACUGGAAACCGACGCUUAUCCAGCCUUGGAUGAGCUUACAUCUAAGAUCAGUAGCCGUAAUCUGGAUCGGGUUCGUAAACUGAAAAGUGCAAUGACAAGGCUGACUGCUCGCGUUCAAAAGGUUAGGGAUGAACUUGAACGACUUUUGGACGACGAUGAUGACAUGGCAGAUCUUUACUUAUCAAGGAAGCUAUCUUCAGCUUCACCCGUAAGCGGGUCAGGUGCAGCUAGUUGGUUUCUUGGUUCCCCCACUAUAGGCUCAAAGAUAUCUAGAGCUAGCAGGGCAAGUGUGAUGACGGUUCAUGGAGAUGAGAAUGAUGUCGAGGAGCUUGAGAUGCUUCUAGAGGCGUAUUUCAUGCAAAUUGACGGAACAUUAAACAAGUUAACGAGUUUGCGUGAGUACAUCGACGAUACCGAAGAUUACAUUAACAUCCAGCUUGACAAUCAUAGAAAUCAGCUAAUUCAGCUGGAGCUCUUUCUAAGUUCGGGAACUGUAUGCAUGUCGAUCUAUGCGUUAGUGACGGGAAUAUUUGGCAUGAAUAUACCUUAUACGUGGAAUGAUGAUCACGGCUACAUGUUUAAAUGGGUGGUGAUUCUGUCGGGUGUAUUCUCUGCUGUCAUUUUUCUUCUGAUAGUUUUCUAUGCUCGUUUUAAAGGGCUCGUUGGAUCUUGAUAAUUUUAACUCCUGCACAUGUUUUUCAGGUACACAAGUACUAAUACUGACUCUUGCUUUUUAUUUUGGUUUUCUUGAAAUAAACCUGAAGUGGAAAUUGAACAUUAUUGUAACUUGUUGAAAUAAAACAUGCUAUUGUUAUACAGAUCGGGUAUAUUUAGUGGCCAGUGGUGGUUAAGACGUUAAUGCCGUUUUGGGUGUUAUUUUUUAGUAAUAAUUAAAUUUCUUGAUUAUCUUA